AUGAUAGAUAGACUUCAAGAACUUAAAGGAGCUUCAAAUAACCCUUCUCAUGAAAUUUUACUUUCAGAUGUUCAGCCAUCAUCAGGCCCAAACAUGCAAUUUAUGCUCCAAAUUCGUAAAGCCCAAAAAUCUAUUGAACGAGUCCGAUCUAAUACUGACUCGUCCUUGAACUAACUCCCCCCCCCUUAAAUUGGAACAAAAUAUAGGUAAAAUUUCCACUUUUUUGGUAAAUUACCCCCCCUUUAAAUUGGAACAAAAUUUAAUUUUAUAAUAAAAAAUUAUAUAUAAUUUUUAUCUAAAAAGUUUUGAUAUAAGUUAAAUGUUUCUUUCUUAACUAAAAUUCAAAAUUUAGUUAUAUCUUGCUCUUCUUUAAAGAAGAUAGUAUAAAGAGCAUCUUAUUUAAAUAAAUUUAUUAUCCUUAAUUGUUAAAUUUAUUAUCCUUAAUUGUUAAAUUUAAAAAAAAAAAAUUAAAUUUUUUUUUUUUAAAAAUUUUUUCAAAAAAAUUUUUAUUUUUUUUGAUAAAAAUGAUAUUUUUUAUUUAAAUAGUUUUGAUAUAAAUUCAAUAGGAAUUCCUUAUAAAAUUUUUAAAAUUUACUUAUUUAUUGCUUUAAUUUAAAGAAUAAAAGCAUAAAUAACAUCUUAUUUAAACAAAAUUAGCACUUUGAUCGAUAAAUUUUCCAAUUUUUUUUUAUCAAUAAAAAUAAUAAUUUUUGUGUAAAUAAUUUUGAUACCAAUUAAUAGUGGCGUAUUAACUAAUAAUAAAAAUUUUAGUUAUAUCUUGCUUUGUUUUAAAGGAUAAAAGAGUAAAUAGCAUUUCAUCAAACAAAUUUAUUGAUCUAAUUCGAUAAAUUUUUUUUUAAAAUUUUUAUAUAAAUUUUUGUUUUUUAUAAAAAAUUUUUAUAUGGAUAAUUUUUUAAAAAAAUUUUCUUAACCCCCCUUUAAAUUGGAACAAAAUUUUUAGUUCCAAUUUAAAGGGGGGGGGGAGUAAGAGUAAACGCAAUUUAAAAAAAUAUUUCAUAUAAAUUUUAGAAUACCUACUUAUAGUUGAUAUAAGCAUUUUUUUCUAUAUUCUUUAUCUUAUUUUCAUAUACAUAAAUGCUUUCAUUCAUUGUAAAUAUGAUAUAUAUUAAUUGAUUAUUAUUUUUGAGUAAACAAAAACAAGAUUAGAAGUAUUAUAUAAAAGCUAAAAAAAGAAUAAAGCUUCGAUAGCAAGCAAAGUCUUUUCUUUCCAGAGGGAGAGAGUGAGCAAAUAAGAAUUUUAAAAGAUGAGUUCAACCAAUGCACCCAGCCAGAGCAAGAAGUUAAAACUAAUAAGCAGCUCAAAGAAUUAAUCGAUGUUAAUAACGGAGAACUAAACUCAGUCCGUGACAUUGCAGAAACCCUAGCAAAAACAAUCGAAGACGGUCGUGGGAACGCCAGUGAGACAGAAACAAGAAUGCGAGCUACGAUGCAUGCAACCUUGAUCAAGCAGUUUCAGCAAGCCCUGGGAGAAGCAGAAAAGGCACAAAAUGUGUUCACCGAAGCAGCUAGAAAUAAAACAGCAAAUCAGCUUAGAAUGGUUGACGAAAAUAUUUCUGAUGAAGUGAUUGAACAGUGCUUAGAAGAUCCGAGACAAGCCCAAAUGAUGGUUGAAAAGAAAAUGAUAGGAGCUCACUCUGAAAUAAUUCAGAUGGUAAAUAAUAUAGAAAGCAGACUUGAAGACAUCAAAAUGCUUGAACAAAAUAUAAAUAUCAUGCACAGGAUGUUUCUUGAUCUUGCAGCACUUGUUCACUCUCAAGGAGAACUUUUGAAUAGUGUAGAAAAGCACGUGGAUAAUGCUUCAGAUUAUGUUAAAAAAGCGGAAAAAGCGCUAGAAGGAGCUAAGGGGUAUCAGCAAAAAGCAAGAUGGAAAAAAUGCUGCAUAUUAGUCGCACUGCUGAUUAUACUCAUUGUGAUCAUCGUUCCUACUGUCACAGCCAAAACGCUAUAA